AUGUUGCUGAAAGAGAAAGAGAAAUACGAGCUUGUGAUGUCUCAUCUCCAAAUAAUGAUAAAGUCCUACAUUGAAGAAAUCGGGAAAAAAGAUGUACAGGUUGCAGCUGUGUUGCGAAAGAAGCCUUUUGCUGUUCUUAUUGAAUCUCCAAAAGAUUUUCAGAAGCUGACACUGGGAAAGAUUUAUAGCAAGGGAUGGUAUGUGGUGUAUCAAGCUAAGGAACGAACUGGUGCAGACUUUCGGAGGGGAUGUUUCUUCCUUUCUGACAAGCACUUAUACACUACUUCCUUCCUUGAGCAUGUACGGGAUAUGGUGAAGCGAUUCAAGGGCAAUAGUAAGGAUGACAUCAAGUGUUUAUCUGAUUUGAUUUUGUGGUACUUUCAAGUUCGACAGGCUAUAUAUGGCAUUAUUCCCAAAGUUUAUGAAGUGCAAAAACAAAUUCAAGGCUAG